CGUUUUAUAAAACAAAAAUAAUCGAUCAUUGUUGGUCGGACGGCCCAGGAUCGCAUGUCGGAAGACGACACUGACGAUUUCAGACAUUUCUUCUGUCUAAGAACGACAGAAUAAAUUCCUCCUGUCUAAGAGCGGCUUGUGUCAACGCGGCGCGGGAAUCUAACUGGCAAGGCUGGACAACAUCAGCAACCUCCGCAAGUCCGUCAUCAAAGUUAUGAAGAUCAAAUUGCCGCGCGAUCGCUUUCCGUCAACAUCAUCGACUGACGAAAACGAGAGCGGCACGGAGUGGGAGACGGAGGCGGGGCUGCGGCCGCCCAUGCUGCAGGCGCGCCUGCCGCCGCCGCAGGCCGUCGUGGUAGGCUCGGUGCGCAAGCGGCGCGGCAACCUGCCCAAGCACUCGGUCAAGAUUCUCAAGCGUUGGCUCUACGACCACCGCUACAACGCCUACCCAAGUGAUGCAGAGAAACUGGCUCUCAGUCAGGAGGCCAACUUAACCGUCCUGCAGGUUUGCAAUUGGUUUAUAAAUGCGCGGCGACGUAUUCUGCCCGAAAUGAUACGGCGUGAGGGACAUGACCCAGUGCACUACACGAUUUCACGGCGCGGGCGCAAGCAGCCACCUGGCGCCGCCCUGGGAGCGCUGGGCGCACUAGGUCUGCCAGCCUCGGGCUCCGGCCUUGGCCUCGCGCCCGCCAACAUCACCGUCGCCGGCUGGGGCGGCGUCGAAGUCGAGAACGUGGUGGACAACAGCCGCGGGCACGACUACGGCGAUGGGCUGCUGGUGUACCGCAGCGACGAGCUGGGUGAUGCGGAGGAGGGCUACUCGAGCGCCGUCAGUGAGGAGGAGGUCAAGUACGACCCCUCCGUGUGGCAAUCCGUCAUCCGCUAUGGGCCCGACGACAGGGACUUGCAUCCCGCUGUUAGAGGAUCUGGUGGAGUGGUAACGAUGAGCUCGACCCAACUGGUGGAGGGCGAGGUUGAGAACUAUGGUGACGGCUGGGCCCUGCAGCUGCCGCGACUGCACCAGCCGCUGCAUACACAGGUGAGCCCGCCGCCGCCUGUCGCCAUGGAGCUCGAGGUGGCCACCACGGACAUGUGGUGCCACACCAACAGGACCGACACAUGAACAUUGUGGUGCCGGCAAAUUCGGAGCUUGAGAGGGACAAGUUUAAAUGCUUGUACCUACUAGUAGAAACGGCGGUCGCCGUGCGCCAGAGGGAGAAGCAGCAAGAAGACCUACAAUAAACGUCAUCUAUGAAAGGGG